GGCGCGCCGCGCACGGACAAGAUAUAGCCUAGGCUACAGGCGCACAGCAACAGACAAGCUUGCCCCGCAAACUCCUGACUUCUCUUCUUCCAAGUUCCAGUGGUUUUCACAGCAUUGUUCCAGGAACACUGUCAUCAUGGGAGUCCAAGGACUACUGUCUUACAUUGAGGAAAACCACCAUGCAUUUCUCAAAGACUGCAAUUUUAAGCGUAGGGAGUUGGUUAUUGAUGGAGACAAUCUGUGCUUUAAUCUCUAUAGAGGCCAACAUUUUGAUAUCAAGCACGGCGGGGAUUACUACGCCUUUGAGAUUGAGAUUAAGAAGUUUUUUCAUGCUUUGAGAAGCUGCAACAUCGAGCCUUAUGUAGUACUCGAUGGAGGAAGCGACCACACAGACAAAAAACUGGAAACACUGAAGCGACGAGCUCGAGAUAGGAUAAAAAAUGGCAGGGACAUAUCUUUGGGUCGCAAGCACAGUGGCAGCGUCAUGCCAAUACUCCUGAAGGGUGUUUUCAUUGAGAUUCUCAGUCGUCUGCAGGUGCCAUUUGUGCAGUGCAUGGAAGAGGCCGACUGGGAAACUGCUGCUCUGGCCAAUGAGUGGAACUGCCCCGUUCUAUCUGGUGACAGUGACUUCUUCAUCUUUCGUCUCAAAGCUGGGUUUUUACCAUUAUCACACUUUCAAUGGCAGAAAGGCGCCAGCCAGAAGUCUAUCCCUGCCAAAAAAUUCCUCAUCUCAAACUUCUGUCAACAUUUCAACAACAUGAAGGUAGAGCUCGUGCCUGUUCUCGCCGCCCUGGCAGGAAACGACUAUAUUAAGAGAGAGAGGAUGUGUGUGUCAUUCAACUGGGAGGAGUAUUCUCGCUUCAAUGGAGUCCAUGGUUCUCGCAUAGACGGUAUCCUCUGGUGGUUGUCUGGCUUCCAAAGUUCAAAGAAAGCCAUCAAAGCUCUGCUCGACUCGCUUCAAGAUCCGCAGACCAGCGGUGCAGUAAAGGCCGCCCUCGCGCCAUGCCUGAGAGAAUACCAGCUGUCAAAGAGCAACAUUGCCCAGUUCUUCCUGAACGGCCUUGCACCCAGCAAGCUGCCGCAGGAGCUGGAGAUUAUCCCCACCUGGAUGCGGAUGCCCCUGUCGGACGGGCGGAUGAGUGCCAUUGUCAUUGAAGCGUUGGUUCUGCAGAGAGUUCGGGUAGGCCCUCAGGUUGAGAACUUUGACCUGCCCAGCUGCAACGGGAUCUCCAGGCCUAUUCGGCAGGUGAUGUACGGCCUCCUAUUGGCUGGACAGAAGCAGAGAGCUGACAGGAGGCCUCCAGUGGCCCAUGUGACACCUGGAGAGUGCUAUGUGGAAGAGUACGACAGGGAGGGCGUGACCCUGACAAGUGUCUGGGUGAAGGCUGCUUGUCCUGUUAGCGGAAAGAAUCUACACUUGGAGACCCUGAAUCGGGCACCAAAGGAGACACGACUGCAAAUGCUGCGUGAUGCGCUUGGCAUGACCAAACCCAUUCCGAACUCCAUCGCCGCCAAGUUCCACCUAGCGGUGUACGUGACGUGCUAUUGGCUGAGCAGGGCUGAUCCCCAGCCGCGCAUGGAGCACCUGUGGGCUCUACUGCUGGGCUUUGUGUUCGGAGAGCUGUCUGGCAGACACAAGGGCAAGGAAGGUAUAGCUCUGGUGUGGAACCGGCUCAACAACUUGAGGACGUCCUGUAUGGUUGGACGUCCUGACCUGGAGAUGGCACACACGUACAGCCAAUGGCAAGCCUGCCUCUACGCCACUUACAAACUCAACCGCCUGCUGUGCUUGGCCCUGCCUGAACCAGAGAAGGCUCGGCUGUACUGCGGUCCGCUGGUGCACCAGGCUGCUCUGAGACUGAGGAGGGGCAUGAAUCCCGAGUCGCUCCUCAGCGCCGGUCCAGUUCCCCUGCAGCUCUUCCGAGACCUGCAGGACGCCGUGUUGGACUGCCUGGAGCCCGAUGUCCGAGACAGGCUGCAGAAAGCCUCACGACAAAACAACCCGCAGGACAGAAGGAGGACAAAGUCUCACAGCAGCGUAGAUGACCUGGCUUCACACUUUCAACACUUUGAAGUGGACGAGGAGGAGGAGGAGGAAGAUGACAGAGGAAGGGGGCGCCGGAGUAAGACUGAUGAUGAGGACGAUCAGCUUUAUGGAGCUGCCUGCCAAAUCCGCACCCGACACAAGAAGAAGAGGACUGGUGCAUUAGAUAAGCUCAACAAACGGGACAGAGUGAUGUGGGCCUAAGGAAAAGGAUAUGUUGUAGGCCUACAUUACUUUUAAAAACACUUUCUUUUAUUCUUUUUUAAAAUUCUGUUUGAGUAAAUAGCCCUGUGCAAUUUCAAAGAGCACUUUAUAAUUUUUAAUUCAGUGAAACUUUAAUCUUAAUGAACUUGUUUUGUACAGUUUUAUCCACAUCUGUAAAGUUUUACCUGUUAUCAUACUCCUCUUGCCAAAUGGUUGUUUGCACAUGGUAGAGAGGACUUUGACAGCGCCAUGGAAGUAAGAGCUAAUGCCAUUGACCUAAGUGUUCCAUUUUUUUCACAACAACGGUGGCUCUGGCCCAUGGGGCCUGUGACAUAUGCCUCUUUUCCACUGCCGGUUUUCUGGUAGUCCUAGAGCUUGACACAGCGUGACUCAGCCGCCACUUUUUGCUUUGCCAUUGAGCUGUGUUGAGCCUAUUCGAAAAGCAAAAAGUGGCGUCCGAGUCGCGCUGUGUGGAGCUGUAGGCCUACCAGAAAACCUACAGUGGAAAAGAGGCAAUAGAUCGCCAUUGCCAUAGUUUCCGAAUAGGUUCAGGAAGUAUACGUAGAACACAGAAAGUGCGCUCAGGGCAAAUGAAAAUGUUAUUAAUUACUACUUGUUAUGUAGUGGUUCUGUGAAUCUCUAUGAAGAAUGAAUGAUGUUUCACUGACCCGUCUCAAAGAGUUCUUUGAUUUGAAAAUAUAAUAUAAUAAUCUUAAAUUACCUUAAACUGGACAGGUUUGAUCUGAUUUUAAAUCAGAGCCUGAGAGGAAAUGAAUGAUUGUGUGUUUUUUCAUACAAAUGUACGUAAACUUCUGGUUUCAACUGUAUGUAAUGUAAUGUUCCCACUUCUGGGUGCGGGACGAUUCACCCGUUUGUUGUCAGGUAACCCAUUUGCUGUUGUGUGUUGUAUGGUAUGAUUAUGUCCUCGGUUGUUAGUCACUUUGGAUAAAAGCAUCAGCCAAAUGUAAUGUAAAUAAUAAAAUAAUAAAAUACAUUUUUUAUAUUGUUAAAUGUACAGGUUAAAUGUACAGGUUAAAAACAUUAUUCUUGUUUAUACUGUGAAUGUGAGUUACUAGAACUAGCCAAACGGAUGUAUAUUAUAUGCUAAUGUAUAAGAAUGGAAAGCGGUCCAUGUGGCUAGCUGAGAACAUGUAUGAACUGAUUGAGUGCAAAUAAAUACUGGCAAAUAAACACAUACAAAAAGUACAAGAUUGGUGGUAAUGAAUUUAGUUCAAUCAAUAUUUUCUAGCCGACUGAGAAUGGUACAGUAACUAAAGUCAGAAGUUUGUACUCUCUCAUUUGACCGCAAUGUCUGAUCACUUCACCAAGCCUAUGCGAUAAAAACAAUAAGGUAAUGAAAUCAAGACUGUACCGUAUGUCCUGAUAUGCCUUUUCAUGUGUCUAGUUGGUCCAUUGUGAGUGUGUUAACUUAAAGGUGCACUUUGUAAUAUGUUGAGUAUUUAUUUCCAGAAUAAAGACACAACACAUUACACAGAGCACAAAGAAUGCUUAUCCUUCCUUUUUGAAUGGAUUAUUUCAACUACUAGGCUACAAGACAAAGGGAUUCUAGGCAGGAAAUAUGUGCAGAGCCACAUAGUUUUGGAGGCCCUAGAAAGUCUUUUGUGCAACUUUGAUUUGCUUUGAAUCUUUGGAUGCAAAGCGGACAGGGUUUGGAGGGAGUGACGAUAAAGCGUUGGCCAAUUGGCACAGACACAGUUUGAAAAACAAAUGGCUGUUUCCAUCAACAAUCUUCCGAUGUGUCAUUCAUCUGGGCCAGACUAAAUAUUCACAUUUAAUCUCACAUUUAGUCUGGUUUGCCAGGUGAUGAGUUGUACAACACAAGGGGGCGCCAGUGGCAGAAGCAAACGAAGUACCUCAUGAAUGUCCUCCAGAGGUCAAAAUUCAUGUUUUAUACACACUCUCAGAACAGGACAGUCUACUUGUUGAAGUAGGUGUCAAGGUUAGAACAUGGUUAGAACACACUCAGACCCAUCUCAUGUACUGUGCCAUACGCGUCUAUAAGACAGGAGAGCUGCCAAGGUCAAGGUCAAGGUCAAGGCCUAGGGGCAUCAAAGUCACGUUGAUGUUUCCUUAUUUGUAAUUCACAUUCAGUACUGCAUAAAUGCAAGGGGGCAGCCCUAAAAUGACGCCCCGAGCUAGCAGUCUGGCGGGGCAGUACCAUGCUCAGGGUACCUCAGGCAUGGAGGAGGAUGGGAGAGAGCACUGGUUAAUUACUCCCCCCAGGCCCCCACCAACCUGGCAGGAAUCGAACCGGCAACCUUUGGGCUACAAGUCUGAUGGCCUAAGCUGCCCUCUAUAUACAGUGUUAGGAAUGUAUUUUAUUCGACAAGAUUAAUCUGUGUGCUCCGCCCUUCUCUGGUGUUUCACUUUAACAGAGGCUGGAUGCCGGAGAGCCAGGUGGCUAAUUACGAUCUGAAUAAGUGGGCUGGUCUUCCUGGGCUCACUCUCUCUCUCCCAGCGCGCCACGCUGGACGCCAUAUCUGGAGCUCUUGCCGUUUAUCAUGCCAAACUUGUAAAUAAUA